UCAGUGGGCUUGUCUUGCUUAGGAGCAUUUGCGAAGAUGAUGCAAGACGCUGAGAUGAAGGAGCUUCCUGCUUCUGUUUCUUCUUCAACUUCUCCUUCAACUUUACAACAUUUGAAAGAGAUUGUGUCGCUCAUUGAAGCCGGCGGUUAUGCCCGGGAAGUCCGGCGGAUUUUUCGAGCUAUUCGUCUGACUAUGGCGUUAAGGCGGAGAUUGAAAGCAUCUGUUCUUUUUUCAUUCCUGAAUUUUGCUCUCCCGCCAGGAUCCGACGUACACACGAAGCUAUCGUCAUUUAUUCCGAAGGAGGAUGACUGCGAAAUGGAAAUUGACUCGGCAGAGCCGGCAGCUGUAAAACUCCCCUUACCUGAGAUUGAGAUAUUCUGCUAUUUGAUUGUGCUAAUAUUUCUGAUUGAUCAGAAGAAAUAUGAUGAGGCUGUGGCUUGUGCUUCAGCAAGCAUUGCCCGACUGAAGAACCUGAAUAGGAGAACGGUUGAUGUGCUAGCGUCUAGACUCUAUUCCUAUUACUCACUUAGCUACCAACUCACUGGUAACCUUGCUGAAAUAAGAGGUAAUCUCCUAGCCCUGCAUCGCACCGCGACCUUACGCCACGACGAAUUGGGUCAGGAAACCCUUCUUAACCUACUGCUUUUCAAUUACCUGCACUACAAUCUUUAUGAUCAAGCAGAGAAGUUGAGGUCCAAGGCACCUCGAUUUGAAGCUCACUCAAAUCAGCAGUUCUGUAGGUACCUGUUUUACCUUGGCAAGAUCAGGACCAUUCAAUUGGAAUAUACAGAUGCAAAGGAGUCUCUUCUACAGGCUGCUCGGAAAGCUCCAACUGCAGCUCGUGGUUUUCGAGUGCAAUGUAACAAAUGGGCUAUCAUUGUUCGUUUGUUGUUGGGAGAAAUCCCUGAGAGGACUGUUUUCACGCAGAAAGGCAUGGAGAUAGCUCUGAGGCCAUACUUUGAACUAACAAAUGCUGUGAGAAUUGGUGACUUGGAGCGUUUCAAAACGGUUGCCGAGAAGUUCUCUUGUACUUUCAGCUCAGAUCGGACCAACAACUUGAUCGUGAGGCUGCGACAUAAUGUAAUUAGAACUGGGAUUCACAACAUUAGCUUAUCAUAUUCGCGCAUUUCUCUGGCUGAUGUUGCUAAAAAGUUGAGACUGAACUCUGAAAAUCCUAUUGCUGAUGCCGAGAAUAUCGUCACCAAGUCCAUUCGAGAUGGAGCAAUCGACGCCACUGUUGAUCAUGCGAAUGGAUGGAUGGUAUCCAAGGAAACUGGAGAUAUCUACUCUACCAAUGAACCUCAAAUUGCCUUGAACUCUAGGAUUGCAUUCUGCCUGAAUAUGCAUAAUGAUGCAGUUCGUGCUCUCAGGUUUCCAUCAAACUCCCAGAAAGAAAAAGAAAGUGCUGAGGAAAGGAGAGAAAGACGGCAGCAGGAGAAAGAACUUGCUAAGAACAUAGCUGAAGGAGACGAUGACGACUUUUUAACCGAUCCGAUGUGAAACUCGAUACAUUUCUCGCCGUCGGUGCCCUAAUCAGAUACACAGUUUCAUCCAGGUAUGCUGGCCAGAGAGCUUUUGAUGCAUUGGCUCAAACUUAUCUUACCCUUCCAUUUUGUCAUGAAUCAGAUGUGUUUGUAAUAUGUCUGCAGUUUCAUUCACAGAACGUAUUUUGAGAUAUCUUCCUUAGUGCUACUCUUCUAAAGAGUAACGUUAGCUGUUGAAUUUCAUCUUGUUGAAGACUAUGUAGUUGAUACUUAUGGGAGCCUUUGGUUUGCAUUUGUGCAAUGUGGAUGGUCGCCAGUCGUGUCGACUUUUAAGAA